CCCCAGCCGCGAGUUAUCGACGCCUGCUCGACUGUUGUGUAUCGUCGGUGCAAAAACGUAUUAAAUGUCGGGGUUGUGCCCCAAAAUCGGGCCGUGCCCCCUUGUGUGAGUGUCCCCCUGGUGGUGCGCCCCCCAAAAACAUGCAAUUUCGUGUCUUGGUGGUGUUUUGUGCCGUUCGUUUCAACGCCUUCUUCUGUCAAACGUAGCGGCUGCAAAUGGCGUCAGAUAAUGAAGCUACUUGUGAAAGUGAUCCGAAUUUCGCCGUUAUUUGCGCUUUUAUGGAGAAAUUCGGGACAACAUGCGGCCUCCAGAGCAUCGACUUCCUGCUACUGCAAGAGAUGCUCGAAAACACGCAAGAAGUACCUCAAGAACUGAUCGACCUCCACAUCAAGCUCCUCCGAAAAUCACGCAAAAGCGUCUCAAACGAGCGUUGGGAGCGAGCUAUCAUAAAAUUUUGUCACACAUUUUGUUCACAAGAUGCGUGGGAAAUCGAACGUUUCGGCUACAAAAAAGCUCGUCUAUCUUCAAAAAUACGAGUCCUUAAAGAACUCCUCGAAAUGCAAUUCGAUUACAACACGCGUUUCAAGGCCGAAAUCAACAAAAUGUCGGCUGAAGAACUGCGCUCUCAGCCAUUGGGCAAGGACAAACAAGGCCACGCCUACUGGUACCAGGACGACAUCAACUGUCAAAUCCGCGUGUAUAAGGAAGAUCCCGACGAAGAAACGUGGACUUUGGUUGCUAAAGAUAGGGAGGGGCUAGUGGCGCUGAUGAACGAAUUGAGUGACGGCGAUUCGAAGAUCAGUUCGGAAUCAGCGAUCAAUGAAGAAGAUAGCAAUAGUUUAGCCGAGAAACCUAUAAUUGACACAGGUCAAGUCGAUUCUUCUUCUUCCGAAUCGAAGAAACUGUCCGGCGAUUCGGAGAAUUCGAACGAAUCGAAAGAAAACAUAUCACAGGAGGAGGAAGAAGAAGAAGAAAGUGCGAAGCGUCGACGCGAAAGCGAUGAAGAAAAUGGAGAAGCGAAGAAAGCGAAAUUGGGCGAAAGUCCAAUCGUGGGUGAAGAAAUUGAAGAAGAAGUGAUGAUUUUCGCGGGUGAGGGUUCGGGUCGCGAGUGUGAGACUGGAAAUGAAGAAAAACCGUCGACUAGUGAUAAGAAAGACGCUAAAAGUGAUAGUGAUUUCGUCAGUAUUAACGAUUCGAAGAAUUGUGUAAAAAAUUCUCCUCCUCAACAAUACAAAUUAGGUACAAUUAUCGACACGAAGACUGACAAUAAAUUUUUUAAUACGGUUAGAAGUCCGACGAAGAAAUCGCGCUGGGAUGUCGAAACGAUCAUCGCAAAAGUUGAAGAAACACCACCGAAGAAACCGAUGUUUUUUUUCGGUCCUGGAUGUCUUCAAUUCAAGCCGGCGGCGACGGUUGGCUUCGGACAAAAAGUGCCUCAGGAGAAGAAAAAUGAAGAUCUGGACGUGUUGCCAACGAACGCCAAAGGAGAUAUUGGCUAUAGGAUAGAAAAUGAAGAUACAACACCAAAACAUGACAAUGAAGAUACUGUUGAACCAGUGCCUGUAGUUGAAGAAACCUGCAUCAAAAAACACGCGUACAUCUGCGGUGAAGAAGAAGAUACCAAAGUUGAAGACGAAAAAAAAUCAAAUGUUUUAAUCACGGAAGAUGAAGAAAACAAACUAGUUGAAGAAUCUAAUAAAGAGAUUGAAAAACCAAAAGAAAAUGACCCAAUUAUUGAAGAACCAAAACCGCUUAACGAAGAAAUCGUCAAAACUGUUGAAGAAGAAGAAAUCAAAAGUGAAGAAAGUGUCAAAAUCGUGGAACAAACAAACGUGCGUAACGAAGAAAGUGUCAAAACUAGUGAAGAAGAAGAAACCAAAAGUAUAGGUGAAGAACCAAAACUGCUAAACGAAGAAAUUAUUAAAACUGUAGAAAAAGACGAAAUUAUAAGUGCAGGUGGUGAAGAAUCACCAGUUCCUAAAGAAGAAAGUUUAAAACGUACUAAAAUUGAAAAUGAAGAAAGUGUGAUUGUGACAGAACUUUCGGAGCAAAAACGUGAAGAUAUUUGUACGACGCCACACGAUGAAGAAAUAAUUGAAGCAAAAUCUUCAGAAUUAGAUAAAGAUACGAACCAGCGAACUGAACAAAUAAUUGAAGAAAGUGUGGUUAAAGAAAUAAUUGAUACAAAACCUUCAACAGUUGAUGAAGAGACCAUAAAUCAAUUGACUGAAGAAAGUCUGGUUAAGCCACAAAGUGAAGAAAUAAUUGCAAAACCUCCAAAAAUUGAUAAAGAAGAGAGCUUGAUUGAAGAUACAGACAAAAAAAUAAUUGAAGAAAGUGCGAAUAAGCCAAAAUGUGAAGAAAUUAUUGAAGCAAAACCAUUAAAAAUUGAUGAAGAAAGCAUGGUUAAGGCAGAAAUGAUGGAAGUUGGUGAUGACAAAGUUUUAAAAAAUGAAGAUUCGAAGAUUGAAGAAAAGCUCGAGUCAAAAACCGUAAACAGCGAAGAAACUAAUGAAGAAAAAAUUGGAGUUAGUUUAGAAAAUGUGAAGAACGAUGAAAAGGCGGUAUUAAACGAAGAAGUUUUGAAAGAAGAAAAGGUUCCAAUGGUUGAAGAACCAUCAGAACCAGUAUUAAAAGAAGAAAUUUCUUCAGUGGUUGAAGAACCAUCAAAGCAGACGGAAGAAAAGGUUGCGGUGGUUGAACCAUUAAAGUCGGAAUUGAAAGAAGAAAAUUCUUCCGUGGUUGAAGAAACACCAAAGCCGUCAUUGAAAGAAGUAAAUGCUUCGUUGGUUGAAGAACCACAGAGGUCGGAAUUAAAGGAAGAAAAGGUUUUGGUGGUUGAAGAAACUAAACCAGAAUUAAAAGAAGAAAGUGCUUCCAUUGUUGAAGAACUACCAAAAACAGAAUUAAAAGAAGAAAAUUCUUUAAGUAUUGACAAAGCACAAAAGCCGGAAUUAAAGGAAGAAAGUCCUUCCGUGGUUGAAGAAAUACCAAAACAGAAAGAAGAAAUUGUUUCGUUGGUUGAAGAACCUAAACCAGAAUUAAAAGAAGAAAAGCCUUCCGUGGCUAAAGAACCAUUGAAGCAGAAAGAAGAAAAGGUUCCGUUGGUUGAAGAACCAUUGAAGCAGAAAGAAGAAAAGGUUCCGUUGGUUGAAGAACCACAAAAGUCGGAAUCAAACGAUGAAAAUGUGGUGGUUGAAGCACUUAAACCACCAGAAUCAAAGGAAGAAAAUACUUCCGUCAUUGAAGAACCACCAAAGCAGGAAGCAAAAGAAGAAAAUACUUUGGUGGAAGAAUCAGAAAAGCCAGAAAUUGCAGUAGAAAAUGCCUCGAAACCCGAAUUGAAAGAAGAACAAAAUGAAGAAAAAGAGCAAAAAGCGAACAAUAAACGCGGUCGCAAGAACAAUUCAUCUGAAGCAACCCCUGAAGACGAGAAGAAACCUCGAAUAACACGCCGUUCGACCCGUUCUUCAAAAAACGGCGAAAAACAAAGCGAAACUAUUGAAGAACUACAAGCACCGACACGACGUGGACGUCCACGUCUUUCUCAAAAGGACGAAAACGGGAAGAAAAUGAAGAUGUCUGAAGAAAUUCGGGAAGAAAGUGAAGAUUUGAAGCAAGCUUCGGCGGCUUCUUCACCGAUUGCACCUGAAACUGUAAUAGUGGAGAGUAGUAACAGCAGUGAUAUUGUGGAAAUACAAGAUAAAGACCCCUUGGGGGAAGAAAAACCUGAAGAAACCGAAGAAAAACCUGAAGCGACCGAAGAAAAACCUGAAGAAACUAAGGAAAAACCCAUGUCUUUGGCGAAUUUUUCGUUAGAUUUUACAGAAUCAACUGAAUCACCACCUGUGACUCGAAGCGGUCUGCGAAAACGUGGUCGUGAAAGUCCGCAAAAUGCUGAAGAAAUUGAAGAAACGUCCGGAAAACGGAUGAAAAUGAAAGCGAAACGCGCCGUCGAUGUGAAGUUACGCAAAAGUAUCGAAGAACAGAAAAAAGCUGAAUUGGUUAGUAGCGACGAUGACAAUAAAAAUGAAGAAAAAACGAAGAAACCGCCCAAAAAAAGCGACGAAGAAACCAAGAAAGAAAAAACCAAGAACAAAAAUAAGAGGCUCUUGUCGAAUUUGGGCAUUGAUCCUGAGCGGGCCUUGGAAAUUGAAGAAAAUCAAACGAUUGGUGUACGACAAUCGCGCCGAAUCGCCCAAUUGAAGAUUAAAGAAGAAGCGGAACGAAGAAAAUUGGAGGAAGAAAUGGUACAUGAAACUCACAAAAAGAAGAAAUCGAAGAAACACGAAGAUAAGGACUACAAAGUCGAAAAGAAGAAAUUGAAGAACGAAGUUGAUGAUGAAGAUCAGGAGGAAGAUAGCGCCGAUUCGAAGAAAAAGAAGAAGAAGAAAAAGAAGCAUCGUAAAUUGUUCGACGAAUUUAAUCCAUGGCGUUCGAGCAGCGAUUCAAGUUCGUCGGAAGAAGAAGAAGAGGAGGAAAUCGCUGAAGAGGAAGAAGAAGAAUUGCAAUAUGUUUCAGAUCAUGAGUUUUCGCCCGAAAGUGAUCUGGAAGGCGAUGGUGAAGCACAGCCGCUGAAGAGGGCGCGGACAGCUCGCAAAGAAUCGGACGUCGAAGAAGUAGAUGAUUGUCCUUGUCAAAAAUGUGGCAAGUCAGAUCAUCCUGAAUGGAUUUUAUUGUGUGACAGUUGUGACAACGGUUGGCAUUGUUCUUGCUUAAGACCGCCCCUUUUAGUAAUACCUGAAGGUGAUUGGUUCUGUCCGCCAUGUCAGCAUGCUUCACUUAUCAGUAAACUACAAGAAAAACUCAAAGAAUACGAUAAGAAAUUGAAUAAGAAAGAAAUUGAAGAUCGAAGAAAACAAAGAUUGGCUUAUGUUGGCAUAAGUUUAAACAGUGUACUGCCAACUAAAGACACGGAAAAUAUCAAGAAGCGUCGUUUGAGUAUUGAAGAUGAGGAAGAAGAAGAUGAUGAAGAUGACGAUGAAGAAGAAGAAAACGAUGAAGAUGCUGAAGUUGGUGAUGAAGAAGACGAAAAUUCUUCGAGUGAAGAAUCAGAAUCGGGAGAAACCGAAUCCAGGACUGGAAGUGAAUCAGAUGAGCCCAUUUAUCAACUAAGACAACGAAGACAAGCACACAGUUACCGCUUUAAUGAUUACGACGAAUUGAUCAAUUCUGCAAUUCAAGACGAAAUGGAAGCUGUCAAAGGUGCAGGAAAUCAAGGACGUGGUAAAGACAUCGCCACAAUUGUCAAUGCGGAAAAAGAAGAAAUGAAGAAUGAAGAAAUCGAACCCUUACCACCGGUCGUCCCCGUCAAUGAUAAAGACAGGGACGCAAAACCGGUCUUUUCCGAAGAUGAAGCAAUCCAAUCUUCACGUAAGAAAAUCAUCGGACGGAAGAAACACCGAAAAUUGAACUCGUUAGAUAUCAGUAGUGAAGAUGAAGAUUCCGAUGAAGAUUUCAAAGGAACGAGUUCCGAGUCCGACGAUGAUUUCGACGAAGAUUUAGGAAGUGAAGAUAGUGAAGAUCUGUCCACUGCUCGAAAUCGGCGACGUGGCGAAGUUAUCCGACGAUCAACACGUGCCAGGACGUCACGUUACGACGCCGAUUUCAUCGAUGACGGUGACAGUGAAAGUGAAGAAGAAGCACCGCGAAGAAAGAAGAAACGAUCGAUUUGGGAAGAAUCCGAAUCGGAAGAAAGCGAUCGAUCGUGGGGUCGAAGACGUAAGAAACCGGCGAAGAAAACUACAACUUCUUCGACGACAAAAAAGAAAUCGAAAAAGAAGAAAAAGGAAGAUUCCGACGUCGAAGUGUACAAGAAGAAGAAACCGAAGAUUAAGUUUAACGACGAAGGGCCGGGACGUCGAACACGAGGGAAGAAAAUUAACUACGUGGACGCCUUGGGUUCCGACAGUGACGAAGAUCGGGUGAAGAGACCGCCGCCUCGGAUCGAAAGUGAGGAAGAAUACGUCGCGAGCGAAGCGAGCGACGAUGAAGAAACAGUGAAAAAACCCGAAAAAGUGCAAAUCCAGUCGUAUACCGACGCUCGCUUCACGCAGAUUCUUCCCGAACCGAAGAACAUUCUUCAGGAAGAUGGCGAAACCGAGCUGAAUCCCAUCGACCAAAUCAAUCGGAACGUGGAAAUGAUGGACGAAAACCAAAUGGAGAAGAUGAUGGAAGAAGAAGAAUACGCUAAUAAACAGUUACAACUGGUCGCCCAACAAUUGGAGAAAGAAAAACGAAGAAAAGAACGCGAAGCGAAGAAAGAAUUUCUUCAAGAACCGCUCGUUGGCAAUGUUAUUGUCAAUUCGGAGAAUAACGACGAACUGUCGGAACCGCCAGGCGUUUCGCUGCCGCUGUUCGCCGACUUGGGCGAAGACGAGGCGAAGAAACGAAGACAAGGGAAGAAUAAGAAGAGUUUGGAGGAGACGGUGGCGAAUUUGGGGAAGGAGAGUAAUAUUGAGAUUGCAGCGCCGCCUCAGCCGUUUUCCCAAAGUCAGCCAACGCCCUCUGUGAUCACGCGGAUGUUGCAGAGCAAGCCUGGCCAACCGGGAUAUCCCAUUGGGGCGAUACGGCCCAAGCAGUUCGCGGCGAUGCCUGAGGACGACCCACAUUUUGCCCAAGGGGUUCGUCCACAACUCUCAACCCCUUACCGUUUCAAUCAUUACCCCCCUCGCAACCCCCCGCCUCCACUCCGCGCCCCUCUCCCCCCUCAACUCUACCACGCGCACCGCCCCCUCGACCCGUCCCCCUCCGGGGGCGGCACCAUCACAAUGUCCGACCACUCCCCCGCUCGUGUCGUAUCGCCGGCGGCGGGCAGUCCCGGUAAUAAAACCGAAACGCCACCUCCGCCCUACUCCCGCCCCCCGGUGCCGCCUCCAGUGGGGCGGUUCCCGCCGCGCCACAUGCAAAUGGUACCGCCACACCUCCAAACAACGAGGCCCAACCUCUCGCCCUACCAUCCGCCAGCGUACCAUUACGGCCAGUUUGGGGGGCAGGAGGACGCCGCCACCGCCACCGCUCCCGCACCCCCCACAUUGGGGGUGUACCAAAAUGCGCCCUAUCCGCCUGAAACGACCUUCGAAGGCGUGAAUCAUCCGGGGGAGAACAGUAACAGUAAGACGUUUGACGAGGAGGGAGGGGGGGAGUUCGGGGGGCUAGUGUCGUAUUUUUCGAGUCAAAGGGAGGAUGAUUUGGAGUCGUAAUAUGGACCAAACAGUGGGGUUUUAUAUCAGUUUUUUUAAGAAGUAAGGAAUUAAAUUAUAUUUAUAAAAUGUGUACAGAAAUUAGUUCUAAUUUUUAUAUAAUUAAAAUAGUUGUGUAUAUACUUGUACAUAAUUAUAUCCGACUAGAGAGAUUUAAACAAUAACGCUAGUAUUACUAUUAUUAUUACUUAUGUAAAGAAUGGGUGUUUUAAUGUGAUGUGUAUAUUCCUUAUUACAUAAUGUAAAAAGUAACAAGUUUAUUGCAUUUUUGCAUAAAAAAGCUUAUUUUGUGCAAAUUGUAGGUUAUGUCACACUCGAAUUUAUUUAUAAAGAAAAUGAAGCGGUUUCGUUACUCUUUUUUUUUUGGUAAUUUCAUGGGUAGCUUUUACAGAGUUGUUUAUUGUUUGUAUCAAGAACUGACAGUACACUAUUAUGGUUCUAAA